CCUAUGACCGGUGGGGUCGAUACUCUUGGCUUACUCGCACACUACUAUCGAUUGUUUGUUGCUCGUGGUUGCGGAGGCAACGAUGGCUCAGUACGAUACCGCGAGUAAACAGGGGUAGGCUCUGAUCUGAUAGCGAUAGAAUUGAUCUGAUAACAAGGAUGGCACGGGAAACGGAAACGAGGAGGCUAAAAAAAAAAAAUCAAUAAAAACAAGAAGGGAAAAAUUGUGCCCCUGCUAAACGAACCUCAAUCAGUCAAGGGCUACGCCGUGCUUUUUGCCCCUCCACGCCCCUCCAUAACUUGUUCCCCCCUCAGUCUUUAUCACCAUCGGUAGACAUCUCCACUCACUCUUGUUACAGCCUCUUCGUUCUAUUUGGAUAGAACGUUGGAAGGUGCUGAUAAAAGGACAGAUUUCUGGGUUUCAUCUUCAUCCCUGUCCGUGUUUCUGAGAGGUUCUUUUCUUUUCCAAUUUAUAUUUCCCUUCCUCACCUCGCCUUGCAUUUGCAGACUUUUCACUGCCACAUCUCUCAGCAGUAAGCUUCGCACUUCCGCUUCAUUCCCCUUAUCAACAACCCAUUCCUCCUGUCACUCUCCUACCCAACCUUCCAACCCCGAAAUCAGUUCUUCCCUAACCUUCAUUUAGUCAUAUAAACAAUGGUUUCUGCAUCAAAGGCCAAGCGUGAAGCCGAGCGUGCCGCGAAGCGUGCUGCCGGUGGUGAGGACAAACCGAAGAAGACCGCUGCCAGCAAGCUCGCUACCACACCCGGCUCAUCUAGGGCUGGAUCCAAGGCGACCUCUAAAGCAUCCUCAGUGAACGGCGAAGCUGUUGAGGGUACGGAUGAGAGGGCCUUGGCUAAACUUGAGAAGCUCGCUUUGCAGGAGGACGAGCACGGGCUCUCCGACCGUGUCACAACUGGUGUCCUCUCCUCGUUGGUGUCAUCUCGCGAUGCUAAAAUUUCUUCCGUCUCGCUUGUCUUCCAUGGUAGAGUUCUUAUCCAGGAUACCACACUCGAGUUGAAUUACGGUCGCCGAUAUGGGUUGCUCGGUGAGAACGGUUGCGGGAAAUCGACUCUGUUGAAAUCUAUUGCUAAGCGGGAGUUUCCCAUUCCUGAGCACAUUGAUAUCUAUCUGCUCAAUGAGCCUGCCGAUAAGACCAGCUUGGGAGCCCUUGACUACGUUGUUACUCAAGCUCAGGAAGAGCUGAAGAGAUUGGAGACACUGGCUGAAGAGAUAUUGGAGACUGAGGGUCAUGACAGUCCGAUUUUGGAAGAUCUUUAUGAGGUUCGGUCACCCCUAACUCCCCCGUUUCUCCACCUUUCCAGCACGUUCAGCCUCACCAGAUCUGAUCCCAUUACCGAUGUCUCUGGUAUAUCUCGGAAUUACUGACAGUCUGUUUAGCGUAUCGACAGUAUGGACCCCUCAACAUUCGCCACCCGGGCGUCUCUUAUCUUGACUGGUUUGGGUUUCAACCCUGUAACUAUGGGCAAGCAUACGAAGGACAUGUCCGGAGGCUGGCGUAUGCGUGUUGCAUUGGCGAAGGCUUUAUUCGUCAAACCCUCCCUGCUUCUUUUGGACGAUCCUACCGCCCAUUUGGACUUGGAGGCAUGUGUGUGGCUUGAGGAGUAUCUGAAGAAAUGGCCACGUACCCUUGUUUUGGUUUCUCACUCGAUGGAUUUCUUGAACGGUGUCUGCACCAACAUGAUCGAUAUGAGACUGAGAAAGCUCAUCUACUAUGGCGGUAACUACGAUGCGUGAGUACUCUCCUGGCGGCAGCUUGCGCGCUUUUGUGAUUGCUGACUCCCAUGAUCUUGCAGCUACGUUAAGACCAGAAGUGAGCAAGAGACGAACCAGAUGAAACAAUACCACAAGCAGCAAGAGGAGAUCGCGCAUAUUAAGAAGUUCAUUGCUUCUGUAAGUAAUAUCUUGUAAAAUAUUGCGGUGCUCCAUGCUUACAUUCUCUAGGCGGGUACAUAUGCCAAUUUAGUUAGGCAAGCCAAAUCUCGUCAGAAGAUUCUCGACAAGAUGGAGGCGGAUGGUCUGAUCGAGAAGGUUAACCCUGAUCGAGUCUUCUCUUUCCGUUUUGCCGACGUCGAGAAGCUUCCCCCACCAGUGCUUUCGUUUGAUGACGUUACCUUUUCCUACUCUGGUAAUGCUAAGGAUAAUCUUUACGAAAACCUUGAUCUUGGCGUGGAUAUGGACUCCCGUGUGGCACUUGUCGGACCCAAUGGUGUUGGGAAGUCGACCCUUCUUAGAAUCAUGACUGGAAAGCUUCAGCCGAGAAACGGAUCGGUCAGCCGACACACUCACUUGAAGUUGGGAAUGUACUCCCAGCACUCGGCUGAGCAGCUUGAUCUUACCAAGUCGGCUUUGGACUUUGUGCGUGACAAGUACCGAGAGAAGAGCCAAGAUUACCAGUACUGGAGGCAGCAGCUCGGAAAGUAUGGUCUGAGUGGAGAUUCUCAGACGGCUUUGAUGGGGACCUUGUCCGAGGGCCAGAAGUCUCGAAUUGUCUUUGCUCUGCUUGCCAUCGAGUCCCCAAAUAUGUUGUUGCUUGACGAACCUACCAACGGUCUGGAUAUCCCUACUAUUGACAGUUUAGCGGAGGCUAUCAAUGCAUUCGAUGGUGGUGUUGUCGUCGUGUCUCACGAUUUCCGGUAAAUGCCCCUUUUCGGAAUAAUUCAUGACUGUCGUGUACUAACCGCUCUACCCCAGGCUCCUCGAUAAGAUUGCCAAGGAUAUCCUUGUGUGUGAAAAUAAGACGGUUAGGCGGUGGGAGGGUUCAAUCGGUCAAUACAAGAACCACCUCAGAAAGAAGAUGCAAUCCACCGGAGCUGUCUAAGCAAAAGUCUUUUGUGUAUUCGGUGUUUUUUUUUUUACGCUCUGGUUUCUUUCUUUUUUCCCCUGGACUACAGAAUGAUAGAACGUCCGUUGGACCGGUCGGUACAUGGUGGUGGGGUGGGGUCGCGAGGUUUACGGAAUCAUGAUGCACUUAACGGCAGAUGGAUAGGUCUUGAAAACGAGAAUGAGAGCCUUGUUAGGGUAGGGCGAUGAGAGUAGCUGAUGAUAAUAAUGAUUAAAAUGA